UUCCGUCAAUUUCAACAUCGCGCCGCCGGUAGCUUAUAAACAGCCUCCUCUGCACGCUUUGUCGGUAGUCUUUGUCCGUCUUCUUUGUCGGUGAAGUUUGAACAGCGCUAUGGGUGAUAAGAUGGACAUGUCUCUGGAUGACAUUAUCAAGAUGAGCAAGAAAGGAGGCGGAGGUGGAGGCCGCGGGAGAGGAACGUUCGCCCGGGCUGGAGGCUCAGGUCGAGGCGGCGGGCCGUCGAGGCCGGCGCGGGGCCGACAGAGCAACUUCAACCGAAACAACAGAUCCACGCCGUACACGAGGCCCAGAGAGUUGCCUGAUAAAUGGCAGCACGAUAUGUUUGAGGAGCAUGUUGGUGGACGUGCUGGAAACAGUGGUGGAAACGGCGGAGGAAACAGUGGUGGAAAUGGCGGAGGAAACGGCAGCAAGCUGCUGAUUUCCAAUCUGGACUUUGGUGUCUCUGAUUCUGAUAUCAGGGAGCUGUUUGCUGAGUUCGGAGCGUUGAAGAAGGCAUCUAUACACUAUGAUCGGUCUGGUCGCAGUAAAGGAACUGCAGACGUCCACUUUGUAAAUAAGGCAGAUGCACUGAAAGCCAUGAAGCACUAUAACGGCGUACCGCUUGAUGGCCGCCCUAUGAAAAUCCAACAAGCCACUUCAGAAUUCGACACACAGAACACACAGAAUACACAAAGCUCAAACAAAGGUUUUGAUCGGACUAGGCUCGGUCAGCCCAGGGUUGAAAGGCGGCGAGGAGGUGGUGGUGGAGGCGGCGGUGGCGGUGGAGGUUUUAGAGGCCGCGGGAGGGGAGGAGGAAACAGACCCCAGCUUUCUGCAGAGGAACUUGAUGCCCAGUUGGAUGCCUAUAAUGCUGAGUGUAAGAUGGACACCAGUUAAAAGGACUCUGAUGGGAUGAUGCUCCCGUUCCUUUUAUCAUUUUUUUAUUUUGGCUAAUCAGAUGUGAUGGAUCAGACCCUUGUGUUUUAAAGACAUUUUGUAUGGACCAUUUUUUUUGUUUUGGGUGUUAUUUUCAAAUUUUCUCUUUUUAUAACCAUAAAACCAUGUUAUCAGGAUUCAGGAACUGUUGUUGCCUUAAACCUGUAAUGAGAAUCUUUGUUCUCUUUUUUUUUUUUUGUAUAAACAUGGUUGAAUGACAGACUUCUGAAUAUAAAUUUAAAAACAAAAAAAGUUGCAUUUUAAUGUACACUGGUUCUGUCACUCAGUACUGUAUAUUUGACACAUGGACACGUUCAAAGGAUUUUGUACAUAAAUUCAUGAUAUUGAGUCAUCUUUAGAAAAACGUCUCUCGUCUUCUUGGAUUCCUCAGACUGGCCAUGUUCAGGCCAACUACUGAAACCAUGUUAAACUAAAGCCUUUGUCUUUGUAAUGGUGCAUUCUCAAAGCACCACACAAUGAAUUACCUGAGAAGUCUCUACCAUUGGUACUCUUCCUCAUACAAGAUCAACAUCUUGAUCUUGCUGCUUGUACCUCUUCAUAUUGUCUUUGCUCCGUCUUCUUGGUGGUGUCUCUCAUAUGUUCAGUAUCUGAAUUGAUAUUAGGGCUGCAGCAACCGAUUAUCUUAGAAAUUGAGUAAUCUCGGUUAUUUAAUCAAGUAAUUGGAUAGGAAAUACUUUUCUCUAAUGAGCAAUACUAAAUAUACAAAGGAGGGCGGUGCAGGUUUUUCAAAAUGAACUCCUUGCAAUGUUUUAAUGAAAACGUUUGUCAAGAAAGACAACUAAACCCUUUGUAUUAAUGUGCAAAUAAAUGAAAUUUAAAUAAAAACACAAGUAAAA